GUAAACGGGUCGUGGUGUCAACACGAGAAGACAUCUAAUGACAACUGUCACUGCAUUAAAGGGUAUUUUUUGACCAGAAACAGUGACAAUUAUGGACGAACCGAUGGAGGAUAUGCAACCGGAUUCUACACAAGAAAAUCAAUCCUCAGAAACGACACGGAAAGCGUGUGCCCCCCUCUUGAGACCAGGGAGUAUGGUGAUGAUGACACUGACUCCAGAAGAUUAUCAAAAUGAAUACUGGCCGAAGCUGCAAGGCGCCAUUGCUCAACUCCUGACCAUGGACCCAGGCAGUUAUAUCCCCAUAUCAUAUGAACAGAUGUACAGCUGUGUGUACAAGUGUGUUUGUAAGCAGUUCUCAGAGAGGCUGUACUCGGACCUGCUCGCCCUGAUGACGUCGCACGUCCAGAUGCUCAAUACACAACUCGAGGGCAAUAUGGAGGAUUCCAAAAAAUUUAUAGAAUGUUUCUCCUUCACGAUGCACCAGUAUCUUCAAGCUCUGGCUGUCAUUGUCCCCAUCUUUAACUACAUGAAUCGGUUUUAUGUUGAGAACAAGUUAAAGAAGGAUUUGAAUGAAGAAUUACGGCGACUGUUUCGAAUCCAUGUGGCGGACCAUCACAUCAAUACCUUACUGCCUCUGUUGGAGGAAGUUAGCUGCCAACCAUUUGCCAUUGCACCACCUGUGAUGGCUAACCUCAUGAGAAAUCUUCACUCAUUAAACUCAGAGUAUGUGAGAUUAAAACCAGCUUUAUUUGCUAAGUUCAUACCCAGUGUUCUUCCACCGACCUCUGUGGCAGAUUUAGAGAAAUAUAUCGACGAGGUGCAGCAGAUGCAGAGGGAUAUUCACCUACUACCAGACUUCGCACACCAUGAUCAGAGCCGGAAGAGGGGGUGUGAGGAGGACAUAUCUGUCAAUUGACACAAGGUGGGUGCCAUACAAUACACACAAGAAUCCCAAGAUCAAGCAGUAAUUCCCUGUGACCCUUUGGGGUUAAAUGGAACCCCUCCAUGAACAAUUUUGAUGAGGAGACUGGAUAAGUCUGUUACUUCUCAGAGGGGAGUUGUUUGCUUGGAUUUGAACUGUUAUCAUGCAGUAAUUAUAUGCAAACUACAAUCCCCUAAUAAUUCAAGAUAAACGAAGAGAAAAUCCAAGAUGUGAAAGAGACACUGGAGUUUUUGUGUUGCUUCUGUUGGAAGAUGAGGGUCAUGUGUUGUAUCCUUAACCCUUUGGGGUGUAUGAGACUUACCACACCAUCUCUUGUGUUGUAUCCUUAACCCUUUGGGAUGUAUGAGAUUUGCCGCACCAUCUCAUGUGUUGUGUUCUUGACUGGGGCAGAGUUUGGGAUGUAUGAGAUUUACCGUAACCAUCUCAUGUGUUGUGUUCUUGUGUCCUAGGUCAGGGCUUUGAACCCAACUUCACCAGGAUAUGCUGUUCAUAGGUUUGAAUCAAUGUUUGCAAGGAUAUGCCCAUCAUAGGUUUGAACCCAGGUCUGCCAGGAUAUGGCAGUUGUAGGUUUGAACCCAGGUUUGCCAGGAUAUGGCAGUUGUAGGUUUGAACCCAGGUUUGCCAGGUUAUGGUGAUUCUAGGUUUGAACCCAGGUCUGCCAGGAUAUGGCACCUGGAGGUUUGAACCCAGGUCUGCCAGGAUAUGCUGAAUGUAGGUUUGAACCCAGUUCUGCCAGGAUAUGCUGAUUGUAGGUUUGAACCCAGUUCUGCCAGGAUAUGCUGAUUGUAGGUUUGAACCCAGGUCUGCCAGGAUAUGCUGACUGUAGGUUUGGAGCCAGGUCUGCCAGGAUAUGCUGAUUGUAGGUUUGAACCUAGGAUAUGCCGGUAUUUUUUAACCCAGGUUUGCCAGGAUAUGCUAGUAGGUUUGGACCCCUUUUCGCCAGGAUAUGCCAAUGAUAGGUUUGGAGCCAGGUUUGCCAGGAUAUGCCAGUUGUAGUUUUGAACCGGUAGAUGUCAGUUGUAAGUCUGCUCCAGUCCACACCUCUCAUCUAUCUUACUUAUAUUCACGGACGACUUCACCAAACUGGUACAAGGCGAUGACCAGUAUCACAUUGGCUUACCUCACAUCUCACUUAAACUGAUUUGAAUAGAGACCUUAAGGCUACAUUAAACCCAACAGUCUCAUUCUGCAUUAUCUUGAAAACUAUACCAGAUGUAAUUAACACGGCUGGUUGUAACUGUUGCCAAGGUGUUGAUGAAAGCCAGAGAACCUACCAGGUUAGGGAUCGUAACUUUCUGUUGGAGGACAUGUUCUAAUUGGCAAUUUGAGCUGGUUUGGACUGGUGGCUGAGCAUGUCAUGGUUUGUCCGGGAAUGCAGUAUAGUGUGUGUUUCUCAAGUGGAUAACAUUUUGAUGGAAUCUGGAUCAGGGUAUGUUUUGCUGUUGUUUUGGCCCCCAUCUUGGAUUGGGAGUCCUCAUGUACCUUUGAGGAGAAUUGUCAAGCAAGCCCAGUUAACAUGCUACAGGGUAAAAGGGUAAAUUCUUGGUGUUUUUACAUUUACUUGUCACCAUUGGUCACACGUAUAAAUUGCGUGUAAGUAUUUUUGUCUACAGUGUGUGUAGUAAUUGACAUGUUCGAUGCAUAGACAUUUCAUUUUGAUUCAAUGGUUUGAGACUGAAGGUUCAAAUGUGAAGAUACCUUGGCAUGAAAUACUCCCUUUUAGACAUGUAAACAGCAUGUACAUCAGAAUUUAAAGUACAAAAGAAAUUUAUACCUUUGGGCAGCACUUUUUUGUCUUUGAAUUCAAUUGUGCAAAAUAUAUGUCACUUUGACUUGUAUUGUAUGCAUGAUGCCUCAGAAUGAUGCAUGACCUCAUUCAACAAUCAAUGAUGUCUUUGUUCAGUGUCAUAAAACACUUCAUAACAUCAAACAAUGUCAUCGAACAAUGCAUGACAUGGUCUAACAAUGUCUCAAACAAUGCAUGACAUCAUCAAUAAACGAUGUCCUUAAACAGUGUAAUCAAAGCAUGAUGUCAUUGAACAGUGUUGUCAAAGCAUGAUGUAAUUGAACAGUGUUAUCAAGUGAUGUAAGACAUUAAACAAUGUCAAACAAUGCAUGACUUCAUCAAACAAUGAAUAAUGUCAUUGAACAAUGUUAUCAAGUGAUAUUAGACUACAAACAGUGUAAAAGAAUGCAUGGUCAAAAAAUGAUAAGAAACGACCCUUUUGUUUGCUGGGCACUCAUAUGAGCAAAUCAUGUUCCCACUCUCAUGGCAGGGACACUUCAGAAUGUGUGACUCUGCUGCAAGGUUCGGAAUGUGAGACUGCUGCAAGGUUUGGAGAUGCACAUGUCAGUUACUGCUGUGGAGAUACUGCUUGAAUAAUAGCUAAAUAACACCUCAGCAUAAUCAUAUGACAAGGCAAGGCCAGAUUUAAAACUUAAAUUUAUGGAUCCGCCAACAGUUAAACUCACAGUUGAAAAGACGCAGUUCAAGGCAGUCAGCAUAGUCGUUGUUUUAGUUCACAUCCGAUACAAGUCGGCGACAUCAAGACAAGCUACAAUCAGCUGGUCAUGUGUUCAGGUCCCUCAUUUCUGUGGUUUGGUGCCACAAGGGCGUUGUUGUACAAAACAACCUUAGCGCUAUGACAGUCGUUAGUCUAUGUUAAGGUAUGGGCGUUAUUGUCACCUCAGCCCAAAAAUCACUGUGUACAAUGGCACCCAUGGCCAAUGGGUUUCAUCAAAGGAUAUAAGGAUGAAAAAUAUUUGGCCAGAUCCACCCCCAGCAUCCAUGUAUUAUUACAACAAGACAGAACCUGUGUCAUUCUCAGCUCAUAUUUAUCUGGCAACUUGACAUGACGGAAACUCUGAUCAAAGUUACAUAAGCAGAACUCACUCAUUGUUACCACAUAAUGGAAAACUGUUCUUCCCAACAGAAUGAUACCAGGAUGUAAUAAACACCUUGUGUUUGUACUAUAGUGUGUAUAUGUGUGUAAAUAAUGUGCCCAUAUGCUGUAUAUAUACAACUGUAGCUUGUGUAAACAUACCUGUAACCUUGUACAUUAUUGUAGCACAUGUUUACAUUGAGCCGUAGCUGUAGCUCAGGGGAUGUGUAGUAUUAGGUCAAGGUCAUACCCACUAACACCACGUCUACUGGAGUAGCAUAACACGCUAGCUCCACGUCUACUGGAGUAGCAUAACAUGCUAGCUUGUUUACUGAAUAAUAAUUUCAAUACAUUGGAUUUCAUAUUGGUCAGGGUCAGUGGGGUAGCCUAGUGGUUAAAGCGUUCGCUCAUCAUGCCGAAGACCCGGGUUCGAUUCCCUACAUGGAUACAAUGUGUGAAGCCCAUUUAUGGUGUCUCCCCCGUGACAUUGCUAGAAUAUUGCUAAAAGUGGCGUAAAACUAAACUCACUCAUUUUGGUCAAUGAAAAAAUCAGUUCUGUUUAAAAUGCAAUCCUGAUCAACUAAACGUGGCAAAAUAGAAUGACUUCCUGAGUCCUUUACAUGUAAUAGGAAUUUAAUGGUCACAAAGACUGCUGUGUUAAGGAGCUGAGAUAGCAAAAUGGCCUCUCAGCUCUGAAAUGACAUGGAAUAAUUCUGCCAAUUAUCAUCUCAAUAACCCCAUUGGAUUGUCAGCCUAGGGCUGGGUUACCAUGGUUUCUUAACUAAUUUGCAAGUUUACCUUUGUGGCCAUCUUGAACCUGAAAUAGUUCAUCUCGCUCAUGGCUGCCUAGAACUUUCGGACGCAGAUCUAUUCUGAUUUUGAUUUUUUUUACCAAACCUGAUUAUCUAUAUACAUAAAGUUUGAAAUGUGUUUUUCUUUAAAGAAUAUUAGUUUGGUUUGAAUGAUCAUGAAAGACGUUCUAUAUCCCCUUUAGUAAAAUACUGGUGAUGGAAUCAUGAUAUAAAGUUUUGUUGGAGAAAGACAACAGGGUGUUAUGGUUGGUUAUACACUGGAGUACAUCUAGUGAAGGGAUUAUAUCAUUUCUAUUCUUAUUUGGAUCGGUUUUCACUACAAGGAAUGUCCACUAUUUCCGUUCUUCAAUCCCAGUGAGACACUCACUCAUCCCAUGUUAUAUUUGCUGUGUGUAUUCAGUCACUUAAGUGGGAAUAAUGAAUCAUUUUUGUUCUGAAGUUAUACUUUUGUUUCAGUGGAGCAAUAAAUUAGCGUUCUCUUACUGCUUGUUUGCUGUUCAGUGUUACCAAAGUCUGUUUCUGUUAUCAAAUUGUUUCCAAUCCAAAACCCUCCCUGCUUAUUAUUUUAAUGUUUUUCUAUGCCAUUUUCAUUGUUUUAUCAAUCAGUUCUUGAACAAAAUUAGUAAUUCUUGCCUAUAAUUUCCUUGAUCGUUUGCUUUUGUUAAAGUAUGGGCAUUAAAAUGGGGAAAGUCAUGGUGCUGAGAGAAGAUCUACCAAGAGGUCCAAAUUCAUUCUCUUAGUAAGAGAACCAGUACCUUAUGAAUGUCCUGGGCCCCCUUUCCUCAAAGCGACCAUAGCUCUAAGAUGAUCGUAACUCCCAUACUUUAGCAUAGACUUACGACAGUCGUAGCACUCCCAUACUUUAGCAUAGACUGAUCGCUUUGAGGAACGGGACCUUGGACUAUUAUAGCCCAUUUAGUAACACAUAUAUUACACAGCAGCAAUACUUCAUAACUGAAAUAAGGUUACUUUAGAAGCAUCUUAAACAUUUGGUGUCAGUGUUAAGGGGUUUGGGUAUGGGAGAGUGUCAUGGUGUAAAUUCUUCUAUGGGUUUGCCUUAUUUAUAUGUUUACUGAAUCACCAAAUAGUUUUCAGAUAUUAGUACUUGUAUUUCAUGAUACAAUGUUACUGUGUGAGACGAUAUUUUUUACCCUGGGUCUUCAGUUAAAGGGAUGGUUUCUAAGGUAUUUGUAGUCAAUCUGUCACACUUACUGGUAUACAUGUUCUCCAGAAACAAUGACAGUAUGUUGCUUUGUUCAUAGUUUGUGUACAGAAUUGUCAAUAUACAAGUUGUUAUUCUUUGCAACAUGAUAUUAAAUGACUUAAAUAUU